AUGGUCAAGUCUAGCGACCACCACGCCACUGUCGAAGAGGAGUUCUCCAAGCUGGAGCUCGCUUUGAACCAAACGGCAGGUGACACUGCCGUUUGUCUCCGUCUGUUGAAGAAACAAUUGUCCGAGUACGACCACCGCAAUGGCAACAUCUUCACCCACUCGGCCACGUCGUACCUGCGCAGCGACAUGCGCUUGGCCAAGGAUACGGCAAAUGAGCUCAAGCACGUGGCUCACCAGAUCAGUCAUAGCCCCAAACCUUCCAAGUCGGAGGUGGCUUCAGCUCGCCAUGCAAUGAAUGAGACGUCACGGGUCAUGGAAGCGUUGACGACAACUGCUCGCAACUAUGACAAGGAGAAUGGACAGUCGAAGGGGAUCAAGGGCACGAUCGACACGAUGAUUGGCGGGCAUCACGACAAGGACAAGCACGAAAAACAUGAGGACAAGAAGCACGGGGGACUCUUUGGGGACAAGAACGAGGGACACCACGGAGGAGGUCUCUUGAGCCACGCUGAUAAGAACGGCGGUGGUAUCAUGGGAACGACAGAGACUGUGGAGGGGCUGGUGCAGAAGAAUCUCCGUGAGAACUUCAAUACUAAAGCACUGGACCAUCAGAUUUCAGCGGCCGAGAAGGCGCUGUCGCCUUCGAUCAUGGAGCGGGCGAAGGAGGCGAUCCACGAUGUCAAGGACAAGCUCAAGGGCGAUAAGACGAGUCCGACCCAUGGAUCUCAUGGCCAUGGCGAGCUCGGUCAUGGUGGGCCGACUGGAACGCACUUUCAGGGCGGACCUACUCAUGUAGACCACGUUCAUGGCGGCGGACCAGUUGGAACGCACCUUCAAGGUGGAGCUGUUGGAUCCCCCGCUUACGGUGGACCUACCCACGGAGACCACGUUUCCGGUGGUGGGCCCAUCGGCACGCACCUUCAAGGCGGAGCUGUUGGAUCCCAUGGACUUGGCGGCCCCACUCACGGAGACUCUGCUCACGGCGGUCACCAUUCCACGCACCCGUCGACUCAUUCGACGGCGCUGUGA